CCUUGUUCAAGAGAAGGCGGGGCAGGCGACAUAAAGAGUGGUUGUACAUAUUGACAACCGAAUCAUUUCAAGACAGACAGCAGCAAUGGCAGAUGUUGUUGCAGCCGGAGUUCAGCGCCAAUUUGACCUCGACGAGGAUGGGAAGAUUUACGGAGUAGAGAGGCACACAGCUGUGGCGCAAGAUAACCAGGGCAACACUGUAGGCCUCGUGGGACACAUUGGAGUCACACAGGACGACGAGGGCAACACACACACAGCUCAAGUCACACGUGACGUCACGUUACCCGGACAACAGACGGGUACUAGUAUUUAUACUGUGAACUCUACAACACAGGACGACGAGGGCAACACACACACAGCUCAAGUGACAAGUGUCGUUGCGUUACCAGGACAACAGACGGUACGUCAGCAGCCAGCUCUGCCCCCGCCCUCUGCUACAACUACCACUACAACUACCACUACUACUCCUUCCCAGGAUGAUGUGACCGUUCUAGACCAUGACAGAUGCUCCUUAACGAGUAUCAUCUUCUUCAUCGGAUGUAUUCUGUUAACUGUCAUCCCUCUCUCCAUGAUGAUCUUAGGGGCCAUGCACAUCAACAGUUGUCCUGGUGACCUCAAACUGGGGGUCUAUAUGGUCGUUCAGGGGAUUGUCUCAAUGAGCAUCCCCAUCGCAGUUGCCAUCUGGAUUUGCUGUCACUGUAUUGACGGAGAGACCCUCCUGAAGCUCAUUGCCCCCGUCGGCGUAUUUAUCUUCAUAUGGUUCAUUAUCGGGGUUGCGUGGAUUAUUAUGUCAGACUGCACGGACAGCACGGUGCACAGACUGGCCUGGGGUUAUACUGCGCCUUUCUGGUUUAUUCUGUCAAGUGGAAUCAUCUGUUUGUUGUGCAGCCCGUUUUGUAGUGAUUGAGUGUGUUGGACAGCGCACGUCUUUAACGAAGUAACACUCAUAAAGAUUCAGCGACUGAAACACAACUUAAACUACACGAUCUGCCAAUAGUAUUGUACAUGUGUGUGAUGUUGUUUUUAAUAUCGCCAACUAUCAUUAGUUAUAUUUCAAUUCAGACGGUCCCAGUUUUGUUUGGGUAACAUAUUAAUAAAGAUUGUUAAUGACAUGUAAAUGUUUAUAUCAUGUAAUUGUUUUAGUUUUUGUUCCGUUGUGAAAGAAACGAAUAAAAUCCCAAUAUGAAUCAAAUACGAGUUAGUCACAGGACGCUUCAGAUCAUUUAGAUCGUUGUGAGUGUUUGUGUAUUGUAAUCCUAGAAUAUUAUUAAUGUUAAAUAAAUACAUUUAGAUACUGA